GUUGAACUCGUUUAACAGCCAUUCAGUGAAAGCAUUGUUUGUCAUAAUUUAUGUCUAAUUUUGUAAACAAUUAAUUGAUUAUAAGAUAUAUUGAAUUGAAUUAAAGGAUAAUUGUAUUGAAUGGCAGACGAACUGGUUUUGGGCGCCGAAGACGGCAUCGACAAGGAGUUUGAGGACGAAGAGUACGAUGAGGGCGACGAAAGUGUGGUCAAAAUGAAAGAGAAGGCCACUCGACGGAAGGGACGCGGAUUCGGACCCGAGGGAACGGCGCGCGAAGACAUCCGUGAAUACGAGGCUAUGGAUGUCGGCGACGGACACAACGACUCUCCCGGACCUCAAAAAUCUGUCGAGGGAUGGAUUCUAUUCAUCACUGGUGUCCACGAAGAGGCACAGGAAGAGGACAUAUACGACAAGUUUGCAGAGUUCGGCGAAAUCAAGAAUUUGCACUUAAAUCUUGACCGAAGAACCGGAUUCUUGAAGGGAUAUGCUUUGGUUGAGUUUGAGAGCUAUAAGUCUGCGAACGCAGCCCUCGAGUCACUGAAUGGGGCCGAUAUAUUGGGACAGACUGUUCACGUCAACUGGGGUUUCGUAAAGGGUCCACAUAUCAGAAAAAGGGGGCGAAGAGAUGAUGACAGACGAAGACAUUAGUAUUGCCAUUCAUUACACUCUUUUCAUAACUUAAUUUUUAAGUAUAUUUCAAUCGAGUUUUAUUAAAUACAAAUAAAUUUUUCAUUUCUUACAUUACUAUAAAUUGUGAAUCAAUUAAAUAAACGCUAAGACAUCAAUGAAUUAUAA